AAUACGUUUCCCUCGGGGACUAAACCGCGACCCUCUCGAAUCUUGUCGACUUUUUCCUCUGUAAACGAUCCAAAGCCCUAACCCUUGGCCAAAGCUGCCGCCACCCCUCCUGCGAGACGUCCAUGGCGGAAGGAACAAACGAGCAGAUCUCAGCCGCCGAAUCCUCUCCCAAUAUCGCCUCUCUAUCUCUAGAUCCUUUCUCCUCCGUUCCGGCACAGGCCCCGUUAACGUUGGAAGAGAAGUACGCGCUGGUGAGGAGCGUGGGAGAGGAAUGCAUUCAGGAAGAUGAACUUCGUAACCUUCUCGAGAAAAAACCGAAUCCGAUCUGCUAUGAUGGAUUUGAACCAUCGGGGAGAAUGCACAUAGCCCAGGGUGUAUUGAAGACAAUAAAUGUGAAUAAGCUGACAUCAGCUGGGUGCACUGUAAAAAUAUGGAUCGCAGAUUGGUUUGCUCAGCUAAACAAUAAAAUGGGGGGUGAUCUGAAGAAAAUCCGAACAGUUGGUCGUUAUCUUAUUGAGAUUUGGAAAGCUGUUGGGAUGAAUCUUGACAGGGUUGAGUUUCUGUGGUCCUCAGAUCAAAUUAAUGGGAGAGCACAUGAAUAUUGGCCUCUUGUAAUGGACAUAGCUCGACGAAAUACACUUCCACGGAUCAUAAGGUGUAGUCAGAUUAUGGGUCGAAGUGAACAAGAUGAGUUGACUGCAGCUCAGAUAUUUUAUCCAUGCAUGCAGUGUGCUGACAUAUUCUUCCUGAAGGCUGACAUCUGCCAGUUAGGCAUGGAUCAACGAAAAGUGAAUGUGCUUGCAAGAGAGUACUGUGAUGAUAUCAAAAGAAAAAACAAGCCCAUUAUUCUGUCACAUCACAUGUUGCCUGGUUUACAGCAGGGCCAGGAGAAGAUGUCAAAAAGUGAUCCAUCUUCUUCCAUUUACAUGGAAGAUGAGGAGGCUGAAGUGAAUUUGAAGAUAAAGAAAGCUUACUGCCCACCAAAGAUCGUGGAAGGAAACCCGUGUCUAGAAUACAUUAAGUACAUCAUCUUCCCAUGGUUUGGUAAAUUUGUGGUUGUACGAACUGCAGAAAAUGGCGGAGACAGGACAUUCACUAGCAUGGAAGAACUAAUCAAGGACUAUGAAAGUGGGGCUUUGCAUCCAGCUGAUGUAAAACCAGCUCUUGCGAAAGCAAUAAAUCAGAUAUUGCAGCCUGUCCGUGAUCACUUCAAAAACGAUAAUGAGGCCAGAGAACUUCUGAAAACCAUUAAGAAUUACAAGGUUACCAGGUGACAGGUGAUUAGUCAACGAGACUGCUGGUUUGGUUUCCAGAAAUCAGAAUUAUUCCUAUAGUCAAAUCCCUGAGAAAGCAUCAUAAUUUAAAUUUAAUAGGUGUUCUGUUUAAGAGAACCUUCUGAGUUGAUUGUUCACUCAAAUCCUUGGGACCUUCAAAACAGAGUUUUUCCAUCUUGCUAUUUGAUUCUUGUGCUUCUAUCAUCUGGUGUUUUGAGGCUGCUAGCAACUCCAGUGCAACAUGAUUGGUGGAAGUGAACUAUUGUGGCUUAUGCUUGUCAAGCUAGAUCAAGCGAUGCUGAUAUGUGAGAAACGGAUGAGUUGUAUACCGUUUGGUACUUUUUGGUUGCAAUACCGUUUGGUACUUGUAUUAUUUGGAAACGGCAUGGGAUCACAGUUGAUGUAUGCAGUCAUUUUUGAUCUCUAUACUCUUGAAAUCAGCUUUUAUUCCUGCUAUCCAUUGGACAAGCAGGGUGAGCUUAGCAAAUGAAACGAACGUGGUUAAAAUUAUGUAAA